AUGCCGACUCCGGAACUCCCAUCUUGUAUCUUCGCCGCCGGGGAAGAACCGUCUGGCUAUAGGGUGAACUCGUAUCACAAAGUCAAGGUCACUCAAUCCAUCCUCGAUGCCCUCUCUGAAGAUGAAAUCUUGUUUCUUAGAAAUUCUUCAUUUGGAAAGGUAAUAGCGAUUGAUGAUAAUCCUCCAUUCUCCGGAGCCUUCUGCUAUUUUAUUCUGGCUAGGAGACUGAAGACUAAUAAAAAAUGGGAGAUUUGGGUUCUUUUCGCCGGAACUCCGAUUCGGAUUUCACUCAGAGAGUUUGCGAUUGUUACCGGACUCAAUUGCGGUAAGUUGCCCAAUCCGAAGAACAGCAGGAAGAAGAACCCAUUGAACAAGAAGCUAUACUGGAACGAGCUUUUCGGGUCUCUGAAGUCUGUUUCGGUUGCUAUGGUCGUGGAGAUGCUCAAGAACAAGAAGGUGAAGGAUAGAGAAACCAGACUCAAGUUUGCAUGUCUCGCCAUUGUUUCUUCAAUACUGUUGCCAUCUUCCCACAAACCGAAGAUUCAUCCUGAACAUGUAGAGAUGAUUCGUGAUUUAAACGAAUUCAUGGCAUACCCUUGGGGACGUUUGUCAUUUCAAGAGUUAAUGUCAUCUCUGCUCAAGAAAGACGAGCUAGCGCUUUCGAAGGACUCAUUUGCCCUGAGAGGGUAUGUUGAAGCCAUUCAAAUGGUUUUGAUGGCUGCCGUUCCUGAACUGAAGGAAGAAGUCACCCCUAAUGCUCCGGUGGUUGUCCAAGAUUCCGACAGCGAGGAGGCGGACAUGGAACUCCAUGCGGAGACGGAAGCAACAGACAAAACCGCUUCUGCAAAUCCGCCGGAAAACACGAAAUAUGCACUCGUACCUGCUCACGCUAAGGCAAUCGACCUCGAAUGCAAGAUACGGGGUAGGUCUAUUUUGGAUUCACCACACGAGGUGUGGGAUCUGGAGGCUGAUGUUGAAUGCCCAGAUGAACUGGAGGAUGCCCUAGUUGACACUGUCGUUGACCUUGUGUCGUCUUGCUUCCGCUUCAAGAAGAAGAUGUUCAAGGGUGGCGCCACUGUCUUGGAAUUGUCUCGCAUCAGAAACAAGAAGCGCAAGGGCAAAAUGCCAAAAGAUAACAACGAGAGUGACGAUUCCUCAGACUCCUCAGGCGAAGACACUACUGACCAAGAUUCCGGCAAUGACUUAGCUAACAUGGUGUCCAUCAAACUGAAGGAAGAGAUAAGCCGCAUUGUUGAGAAGUUGGAUGAUCGCAUAUCCAGGCUCGAGGAUUCUUUCUCCCCAUUAAUUGGUAUGGAGGAGCGCAUGGCUGGUAUGGUUGCUGAGAAAAUAGAUGGGAUCCAGGCAGUUGUCAUCGACACCGUGUUAUCGCGUCUAAGAAAAGAAUUACCCGGUAAUGACCUUGAUUUCAAUCCCGCCCAAGAAGCACAGACUUCCAAAGAACCAGCUAGCACGACGAUGCCCACGUCCUCAUCGGCUGAACAAGACCCUAAAGAUCCCGAACAACCAACUGUAGAUCCCUCAGGUGCCAUCAGGAAGGUCCUAAGUGAUCUACACGAAUCGCAGGUUGACGAUGGCACCAAACAGGUAGCAGAACCGAAUCACGAGGUAGUUGACCCUCUUUCUGAAAUCCCAACAGAGACAACGGUCCCCGCAUACUCAGCCCAUACUGUGUUUGAACAGGGCCCGUCAAUUCCUCUUCCAGAGGGGAACAAACCAUCAUUCUCACUCGGCGUUGGUGUUUCCCAGCCCCAACCCACCACGGAGGUCGUCUCUGCCACCCCCAUUGGCUUUGUGCUGCCGCAGGUCAAGGUUCCUCAGCCAACCAAACCGUCUCGUCAAAGCAAGAGAGCUCGUGUUACUCCUGCAGGUCUUGAAGAUUUCAAAUGUGACGCUACUGUCUUAGGCGGCUUAGUUUUCAUGAAAGACUUGGAACGGCACUAUAUGGACGUCCUUGAGCAGGUCACAUGGGUAAAGUCCAUCAAGAUAAGCAGUGACCGAGAGGUCAGCGCUUUUGAUUUCGUGGAUAUCGCGCUUAGAUCAACCCAAAUGGCUUCUACGGUAAUGGACUCUCUAAUGGAGUACAUCAGGAGCCAAACGCCAACAUCCGAAAACAUAGUGCUUGUUUCAUGCACCAAACUGCCUGCGACCCUUAUGUCUCACCAUUCACGGUUUCUGAAGACGGCGCUGAAAGACCGAACGAGGUUCAAGUUCUCCGGGCAAUCCCUUAGUUGCAUAAGCAGUGGUUUCAAAGGGAGGCUAUAUUUUCCGUUUAACAUAGAUCAGCAACACUGGAUUGGUGUAUGCGUCGACUUCAAGUCCGGUGUGCUCCAUGUGCUUGACUGCAACACAGCUCUGAUGACUGAUAGCCUUAUGAGGAAAGAGCUGAACCCGCUCGCAACAAUGCUGCCGUUCAUCGCCAUGGAUGGAUCUAAGGCCGAUACCGGUGUAACUCCCAAGGCUCUAUCGGUCACCAGGUGCAAGGGAAUUCCCCAGGCUUCAGCUACUACAGACGCGGCGGUAAUGACAGUUCUCCUUAUUGAAGCACACAAAGAUGGAGGUGUUGAUGCCUGCAAAACCAUAACUCCCAGAGUGUUACCCGGUGCUGCGAAGCAGUAA